UAGAGCACGCACCGAUGGGAUGGUUGAUGUACGGAGUUUGAUCCGCGUCCUUCCGGCGCUGGUCGCGAUGUUUCUCUGCAGAGAAAUGAACCGUCUCCAGCAGCAGGAGCGCGUCUGAGUUCAUGGUGACAAUCAAAACAGGAAGUCACCACUGCGUCCAGCAGCGGAAGUAGAGGAGUGCGUUGGUUUGAAGAGUCCGGGGGGAAACAGCUGUGUGGUCCAGAAGCUGCUUGGUGAUCAGCUGAUGUGUCAGAGAUCCUCUGGGUUAGAUCGGGUUAGAUCGGGUCAGAUUGGGUUGGAUCGGGUUAGGAUCAGGGAGUGAGGUCAGGCUCGAGUCCUUUGUUUUACCGGAUGUUAUCAGUUCAUGUCGGUGUCAGCACCUGGACGCUCCUCUGUGAGAACCGCUGUGUUUUUAGCCGAGCAGCUAAUCGAGCUCUCAGGUUCUGUGGUUUCUGGUCUUCCUCCCAUGUGACCGUCUUCACUCAGGACUCCAGGAGUGGGUGAGUGCCCCCCCCCCCCCGCUGUGGCCCAGGAUGGCGCACUGUGGCCGGAAGGACUCUCCGGAGCUGCCGGACUUCUCUCUGCUGAAGAGGCUGGCCCGGGAUCAGCUGAUCUACCUGCUGGAACAGCUGCCGGGGAAGAAGGACCUGUUCAUCGAGGCCGACCUGAUGAGUCCACUGGAUCGAAUCGCUAACGUCUCAACGCUGAAGCAACAUGAGGUUGACAAACUCUACAAAGUGGAAUAUAAACCUAUUGUCAGCAUCUCAGAUCAACUCUGUUUUCUGAUCCGGCCAAGAAUACAAACUGUAAAGUGGAUCUGUGAUGUGGCCAAUGCAGACAAAGCUGCAGGAAGAUUCAGAAGAUACAAGAUCAUCUUCACCCCUCAGAAGUUCUUUGCGUGUGAGGCGGUGCUGGAGGAGCAGGGGGUGUUUGGUGAUGUGACCAUUGAUGAAUGGGCCUUCUACCUUCUUCCACUUGACGAUGACAUCAUCAGUCUGGAGCUGCCAGAAUUCUUUCGAGACAACUUCCUGGCGGGCGACCAGCGCUGGGUGAGGACCGCCGCCAGCGCUCUGCACCUCCUGCACUCGGUCUACGGCCCGUUCUCAAAGAUCUACGGGAUUGGAAGAUGUUCCAAGAUGACGUACGAGUUGUGGAGGGAGCAGGUAGAAGAGGGAGAAGCAAAAACCUGUCAGGCUGAAAUAGGAAAAGUGUUUCUUAUCGACAGAGAUGUGGACCUCGUCACUCCUCUGUGCUCUCAAGUUGUCUACGAAGGACUCGUGGAUGAUAUAUUUAGAAUCAAAUGUGGAUGUGUGGACUUUGGAGCUGAUGUUACUUCCUCUGACAAAAGUUUGAAGGUCAUGCUGAACUCUCAGGAUAAGGUCUUCAACGAAAUCAGAAACGAGCAUUUCUCCAACGUCUUUGGUUUCCUAAGUCAGAAGGCCAGAAAUCUGCAGACUGCAUAUGAUAAGCGUCGGGGGAUGGACAUCAAGCAGAUGAAAACCUUUGUGUCAGAAGAGUUGAAAGGUUUAAAACAGGAGCAUCGCCUGCUAAGUCUGCACAUCGGUGCGAGUGAAUCAAUCAUGAAGAAAAAGACCAAGCAGGAUUUCCAGGAGCUGUUAAAAACCGAACACUCUUUACUCGAAGGAUUUGAAAUCCGUGAAUGUAUUUCUUUCAUAGAGGAGCAUAUCAACAGACAGGUCUCCAUGAUAGAAAGUCUCAGGCUGCUUUGCCUUCUGUCCAUCACAGAAAAUGGACUCCUGCCAAAAGAUUACCGCUCGUUAAAAUCCCAGUAUCUACAGAGCUAUGGAGUGGAACACCUGCUCACAUUUGCCAACCUGCGGCAGUCGGGGCUGCUGGUGGAGCAGCAGCCGGGGGAAACACUGACUGUCAUGGAGAGCAAAGUGGGUAAACUGGUCAACGACAAAGCUGCAGGAAAGCUGACUGACGCCUUCUCCUCUCUGGCAAAGAAGAGUAAUUUCAGAGCCUUGAGCAAAAAGCUGAACCUGGUGCCCAAGUCAGAUGAGGAAUAUGACCUGCGUGUUCCACGAGACAUGGCUUACAUCUUCAGUGGAGCCUACGUCCCUAUGAGCUGCAAAGUCAUUGAGCAGGUGCUUGAGCGAGAUGGAUGGACGGGGCUUGAAGAAGUCACCAAGCUGCUGAAUGGACAUGACUUUUCUGUUACAGGGAGCAACGGAGCGGAUUUAAGAUCAAAGAACGAUGCUCAGCGCAUCGUGCUGGUCAUGUUCCUCGGAGGAUGCACCUUCUCUGAGAUUUCAGCCUUACGCUUCCUCGGCAGAGAGAGAGGUUAUAAAUUCAUUGUGGUAACAACUGCGAUCACAAACAGUUCGAGGCUCAUUGAAGCUCUGCUCAACAACCAUGAGUGAGACGUGUCCUCCAUCAGCCGGACAGGAAGCUCCCACGUCUGAGUGACCUCAUCGUGCUCCCCCCUCCAGCUCCCACGUCUGAGUGACCUCAUCGUGCUCCUCCCUCCAGCUCCCACCAUCUGAGUGACCUCAUCGUGCUCCCCCCUCCAGCUCCCACACGUCUGAGUGACCUCAUCGUGCUCCCCCCUCCAGCUCCCACCAUCUGAGUGACCUCAUCGUGCUCCUCCCUCCAGCUCCCACACGUCUGAGUGACCUCAUCGUGCUCCCCCCUCCAGCUCCCACACGUCUGAGUGACCUCAUCGUGCUCCCCCCUCCAGCUCCCACAGAACCCUAACCCUAACCCACAGAACGUCUCCUCACCGUCUGAUUCAUCUGUGAAGAUGUGUCAUGUAAAUACAGUGAAUGUUUUUAACAAAUGUUGAAGAUUGUCCUUUUUGUCUCAAUUCAUAAAUAUAUAAAACAGA